AUGUUCACCUUCAUUCCCAAAACUCAGACCGAGGACGGAGGAGGGAGCCGGUUCACGGUGAAAGACUGAACCUUUCAUGGCAGAAACGACGUCGUAGAAAUCACAGAUCUAAACCUGAGCUCUUCUUCUUCUUUCUUCUUGCUGAAGCUUACUACCAAUCCAGAAAUCACAGAUCGCAUCCACUGUGUUUUCCCGAUCUGAGCCGCCUCGCCGGAAACCUAAUGGCAGGGGCAGUCUCGGCGCUGUUCCUCCUAGACAUCAAAGGCCGCGUUCUCAUCUGGCGCGACUAUCGCGGCGACGUCUCCGCCGUCCAGGCCGAGCGCUUCUUCACUAAGCUCAUCGACAAAGAGGCUGAUGCAGAGUCACACGAUCCGGUAGUGCACGAUAAUGGCGUGAGCUACAUGUUUCUGCAGCAUAACAAUGUGUACCUGAUGGCGGCAUCGAGGCAGAACUGCAAUGCUGCCAGCAUUCUCUUCUUUUUGCACCGCAUUGUUGAUGUGUUCAAGCAUUAUUUCGAAGAGUUAGAGGAGGAGUCACUUAGGGAUAACUUUGUCGUUGUGUAUGAGUUGCUUGAUGAAAUGAUGGACUUUGGAUACCCCCAGUUUACUGAGGCGAAGAUUCUGAGUGAAUUUAUUAAGACGGAUGCUUACAGGAUGGAAGUUAAUCAGAGGCCCCCAAUGGCCGUAACAAAUGCAGUGUCUUGGCGCAGUGAAGGAAUACGUUACAAGAAAAAUGAGGUUUUUCUUGAUGUGGUGGAGAGUGUUAACAUACUCGUCAACAGCAAUGGACAAAUCAUUAGGUCUGAUGUUGUUGGAGCUUUAAAGAUGAGGACUUAUUUGAGUGGUAUGCCUGAAUGUAAACUGGGCUUAAAUGAUAGAGUGUUAUUGGAGGCACAAGGGAGAACAACAAAGGGAAAGGCCAUUGAUUUGGAAGACAUCAAAUUUCAUCAGUGUGUGCGUUUGGCCCGGUUUGAAAAUGAUAGGACAAUAUCCUUUGUUCCACCUGAUGGAGCUUUUGAUCUCAUGACUUAUAGACUGAGUACGCAGGUUAAGCCUCUAAUUUGGGUUGAAGCUCAAAUUGAAAGGCAUUCAAAAAGUCGCAUUGAGAUCCUGGUAAAAGCUCGUAGCCAGUUCAAGGAGCGCAGCACUGCAACGAAUGUUGAGAUUGAGGUACCUGUGCAAACGGAUGCCACUAACCCAAAUAUUCGGACAUCAUUAGGAUCUGCAACAUAUGCACCUGAAAAUGAUGCACUAAUAUGGAAGAUACGAUCUUUUCCUGGUGGCAAGGAGUAUCUGUUGAGAGCAGAGUUUCACCUUCCAAGUGUAACUGCUGAAGAAUCUACUCCUGAAAGAAAAGCUCCUAUACGUGUGAAGUUUGAGAUACCUUAUUUUACUGUUUCCGGAAUACAGGUUCGUUACCUGAAGAUUAUUGAAAAGAGUGGAUACCAAGCUCUUCCAUGGGUGAGAUACAUAACCAUGGCAGGCGAGUAUGAAUUAAGGCUUAUAUGAAAUCUGCAAGUGGUUGAUGUUUUCGGAUCAAGAAUAUUCAUGUAUGAUAUUGAAUGGUUUUAAAGUAAGACUGCUGGAUAAGUUAAAGACCUUAAUUGGAUAGCCAGUUGCCUGGGAUCAGUAAACAUUGAGUUUUCUCUUUGAUUUUGUCCAUGCAGUGUGAAUGUUUGUCCACCAGUGUUGUGAGUUAUGGUUACCAGAAGAUAGGGUUUUUCUAUAUAUGGAAUUAAGAACCGAGCCAUGUUAUUAUGGAUUUUGUUUGCUUAAAUUCUUGUUUGUUUCUGCUCA